GUCCUUUUAUGUCGCCGGGACGACGAUGGAGUAGCUUUUGUCAGUCGGAAAUUCGGAUCCGGUGAAGAAGCAACGCUGAAGUUCGACGGCGAUGGACAGAGAGUGGGGGUCGAAGCCGGGGAGUGGAGGAGCGGCCUUUGCUCAGAAUGAAGCUAUCGAUCGUCGAGUGCGUCUUCGACAGCUUGCUCUCGAGACCAUCGAUCUCGCCUAGGAUCCCUACUUUAUGCGCAAUCGUCUUGGAAGGUCCCUUAUUUUCUCUUGUUGAGUUAUAUUGUUUUUUUGGGUUUUUCGGUAGUUAUGAGUGUAGGAUUUGCUUGACUCUGCACAAUAAUGAGGGUAAUUACUUGGCGCAUACGCAGGGGAAGCGGCAUCAGACUAAUUUUGGCUAAGAGAGCUGCCCAUGAAGCCAAGGAGGCUUCUGCUCAACCUCAACCCCACAAGCGGAAGGUCUCUAUUCGCAAAACAGUUAAAAUUGGUCGGCCUGGUUAUCGAGUAACAAAGCAAUUUGAUUCUGAGACAAAACAGAGAUCUUGGCUUUUUCAGUUGCAGUUGUAUUUCAAAUCCAAGCCACAACCUGUGCCUGCAGCCAACGGAACAGUGCCGCCACCACCACAAGCUCCACCGCCACCGCCACCUCCACCCCAGCAAGGUGUACCACCUAGAGUUCCUCCUCCGAUGCCUGGAUCCUUGCCACCUCCCCCAUCUGUAAUGGCCAAUGGUCCUCCCAGGCCAAUGCCUCCUGGUGGAGCUCCGCCGAUACCCCCACCGCCUCCAGUUGGUAAUAACACAAUGGCAAAUUUCACUCCUGGUUCUCUGGUGAAUGGACCACCCAUGCCGCCGCCUCCACAGGGCUUCCCAGGCCAGGGUGUCCGGCAGCCGCCACCACCGCCACCCAAUAUGGGAUAGGCCACAUAGCAUCAGUUAGGGCGGCUUGAGGAUAAAUUUGGUACUGAACGUGCAGUAGACUUUAAUUGUUGGCCUCAUUAGUGAAUUUUCUUGCACCUUUCCAUUGUAUGAUCAUAUUUCGGCAUUUAGAAACUAAACAUAUUUUUUUAUUGUUGUAUCUAUUCAGGCAAAAUGAAAGAAAAUUGUUGUAUCU